GUCCCGAAGUGGCUCUUCUCGACUCGCCCUCGCUGCCAGGCACAGAGCCGCCCGCGGUCCCUUUCGAGCAGCAGGAUCCUGCGCCCUUGGCCCCACUCUGCCCAGACCCACAAGCGCGCUCCUGCAGCCGUCCUUCGCCCACUGCUGCCAACAGCCCCCUCCUCAUCCUGCUCCCCCUUUAGUGCUGCUGCCGCCUGGGUUGGUGACCCAUUUUCCCCUCGGCCGGCAGGUACCGCUGUCAUCCUUGGGCCAACGAUGCUGACUCUUACUUGUCUUCUCCUGGGAUGCUUGGCAGUGCCCAGCUGGGCACAGCGUGCAAAGAUUCAGCUGAGGCUGGUGGGGCCCAGGAGCCAAGCAGGCGAAGGGCGGCUGGAAGUGCUGUACAACGGGCAGUGGGGCACAGUGUGCGACGACGACUUCAGCAUCCAUGCAGCAGGGGUUGCCUGCAGGGAGCUGGGCUAUGAGGAGGCGGUGAACUGGGACCACAGUGCCAAGCACGGGCCAGGCAAUGGCCCCAUCUGGCUGGACAACCUGCGUUGCUCAGGCACAGAGAGUUCCCUGGCUGAAUGUGACUCCAAUGGCUGGGGUGUGACUGACUGCAACCACAAUGAGGACAGUAGCGUGGUGUGUUCAGGUCUGCGCCAACCGAACUCUGUGACUGCACGCCUCCAGCUCCAGGGCUCCAAAGUGGAAGAGGUGCGGAUCAAGCCGAUACUGGCCCGGGCCAAGUUAAGUUCCCCCAUCACAGAAGGUGCUGUGGAAGUGAAACUCCAAGGACGCUGGCGCCAGGUGUGUGACGCUGGCUGGACUCGCAACAACACACGAGUGCUGUGCGGGAUGCUGGGCUUCCCCCGUGAAGGACGGGUUGCCACAGGGUUCUACAGGAAGCUCUGGAACCAGAAGCUGAAGGAUCCAAGGUCCAGCUUAAAAAGCCUGAGUGAGAAGAACACCUUCUGGAUCCACCGGAUCAACUGCCUCGGCACAGAGUCCCACCUAGGUGAAUGCAAGUUGCAUGUGGCCCCACCAGCUCAGAAACAAUCUGCCUGUCCCCGUGGCAUGCAUGCCCUGGUCAGCUGUACACCAGGCCCUGAAUUCCAGCGCAGCAAAGGCAAGCUGCCUACGCAUUCCAAGCCCCAAAAGGAAGCCAAGGUGCGCCUCCGAGCAGGUGCACAGGUAGGCGAGGGGCGUGUGGAAGUGCUGCUGGAUGGCCAGUGGGGCACGGUGUGUGAUGAGGGCUGGGACCUGCCUGCUGCCAGCGUGGUGUGUCGACAGCUGGGAUACGGUACAGCACGAGAAGCUCUUCUUGGGGCCCAGCUGGGCCAAGGCCUGGGUCCCAUCCACUUGACCAGGGUGCGGUGCAGGGGCUAUGAGCGCUCGCUGGCUGAGUGCAGCUCCCAAGAGGCACGGCAGAGUGGGUGCCAGCAUGAAGCUGAUGCUGCUGUUCGCUGUAACAUACCUCAAAUAGAUGCCCAAAGCCAGGUACGUCUGGCUGGUGGACGCAGUCCAGAGGAAGGUGUGGUGGAGAUACUGAUGCCCAGGGGGAACACCUUGCGCUGGGGAGCUGUCUGUGGGGAGCACUGGGGCCUCAAGGAGGCCAUGGUCGUGUGCCGGCAACUGGGACUGGGCUUUGCCAGCCAUGCCCUCCAGGAGACGUGGUACUGGAAGGGCAACGCAAAUGCUACCGAGGUGGUGCUGAGUGGCGUGCGCUGCAAAGGCACAGAACUCUCCGUCCUGCAGUGCCAGCAUCAUGGGCCCGUGCACUGCCCAAGUGGAGGGGGCCGCUUUUCGGCAGGGGUCACCUGCACCAGCACUGCCCCAGACCUGGUGAUGAAUGCCCAAGCGGUGCAGGAGACAGCUUAUCUCGAGGACCGUCCACUGAGCCAGCUGUACUGUGCCCAUGAGGAAGGCUGCCUUUCCGCCUCUGCAGACCGCAUGGAGUGGCCCUACGGGCAUCGGCGCCUGCUGCGCUUCUCCUCCCAGAUCCACAACCUGGGCCGGGCUGACUUCCUACCCAAAACUGGCCGCCAUGCCUGGAUCUGGCACGAGUGCCACAGACACUACCACAGUAUUGAGGUUUUCACCCACUACGACUUAUUGACAGUCAAUGGCUCUAAGGUGGCUGAGGGACAUAAGGCCAGCUUCUGUUUGGAGGAUACCAACUGCCCAGAAGGGGCGCAGCGGCGGUUUGCCUGUGCUAAUUUCGGAGAGCAGGGUGUCAGUGCGGGCUGCUGGGACACCUACAGACAUGACAUUGAUUGCCAGUGGGUGGACAUCACCGACGUGCCAACGGGGAGUUACAUAUUCCAGGUGGUUGUGAAUCCCAAGCACGAGGUAGCAGAGUCCGAUUUCUCCAACAAUGUCCUUCGCUGCCAGUGUCAGUAUGAUGGACACCGCAUCUGGAUGCACGGGUGCCAUACAGGUGACGCCUAUGGUGCCAACAUAGAAUGGGAUGAGGAGGCACAGCAGCGAUUGUCCAGCAACCUUGUUUAAGGCAACGGCUUCCCGAGGAACUGGGGUUACCGAGGAUCCCUGGAGCCAGAGUUGCUCAAGGGCCAGAGGAGCCCAACAAGGGCUGUGUCAAGGUAGCAGCAGACACUGGCUGGCGGGAGAACUCUGGUCAGCUGAAAGGUUAUCGGCGUGCCUCCCUCUGCCACCAUACCACCUUCUGCCUUGGGCGGGGGGGACACCUGGCGGCAGCACCACCAUCCAGUCGCCCCCAGCCCUGUUGCCCCUUUGUCUGCUUAUCACAGCCCAGCCUGGUCUGCUUUCUGUAUUUAUUGAAGCCGGCAACUAGGACAGAUAGGGGGCUGAAAUGAGCAGUGGGGGGGGGCGUCUCCUCCCUACCCUCCAGCCAAGAAAGUAGCAUUACUAAGAAGAGAUGCUGUCCUGUGGCCUCUUUGGCAGAAGGAGCGUGUGAGCAGCACAGCACAACUACCUCAACCAGCUCCACCUUCCAGAGAAUUUUGUCUCAGGAGUCCAGCUCAUGAUUCUGGGGCCACCCCAGAGGUGCUUUCCCAUCCUGGGCGUGCCAGCUGCCUGUAGGCCAAAGAUCCACCCACCUGCCACUGGCACAGAGAUCUCUUCCUGGGUGGGCACCAAUGCCCUGCCCUGAGUCCAAGAACACCCCCCCCCCACUGUGUUUUGGACAUGGAUCCAUGGCAGAAGACAGAGAAGCCACCCCUGCCACAGGCAUAGUCCAUCCUCUCCCUGCCUCAGAGAACUUGCUCACCUGUGACCCCCAACUAUGAUCUGCCUCGGGCUUAAAUACUAAGAAGGCAGAGAACAAGGGUCUGGUACUCUCUGUGGAGUUUUUUUUGUUGUUUUUGGUGUGCAAUGAACUGUGAUGGGCGAUAACACAGAGGGUCAACCCCCCUACAAGGUAACACACUCACCUCAGGGAGGAGUCCCAUGUCCCACUCCACAAAAAGGGCUCCCUAUUUCCACAUUUCAUGGGGAUGAUUCUGCCAAUAAAGGCUUUUCCAACCA